AGGUUGGCCUUGAACUUGAUACCCUCCUGUCUCUGUCUCCUAAGUUGCUAGGAUUAGAGGUUCGCCAUGGAGAAAAUUUCGAUGUCAGUAUUCUUGCUCCUUGUAGCCCUCUCCUACAGUCUGGCCAAAGACACCACAGUCAAACCUGGAGCUAAAAAGGACACAAAGGACUCUCGACCCAAACUGCCACAGACCCUCUCCAGAGGUUGGGGUGAUCAACUCAUCUGGACUCAGACAUAUGAAGAAGCUCUAUACAAAUCCAAAACAAGUAACAAGCCCUUGAUGAUUAUUCAUCACCUGGAUGAAUGCCCACACAGUCAAGCUUUAAAGAAAGUGUUUGCUGAAAAUAAAGAAAUUCAGAAACUGGCAGAGCAGUUUGUCCUCCUCAAUCUAGUGUACGAAACAACUGACAAACACCUUUCUCCUGAUGGCCAGUAUGUCCCUAGGAUUAUAUUUGUGGACCCAACCCUGACCGUGAGAGCUGACAUCACCGGAAGAUAUUCAAAUCGUCUCUAUGCUUAUGAACCUUCAGACACAGCUCUAUUGCUUGACAACAUGAAGAAAGCUCUCAGGUUGCUGAAGACUGAAUUGUAGAGAAAAAAACAAAACAAACAAACAAAAAAAAAAACCGAAGCCUUCAAGUUCCUUGCUCUGUGUUAAGCCUUGAGACUUGGAAUCAGAGACUUCAGAAGACCAGAGAAUGCAGAAGUCUUGAUGGACAUGCAGAUUAGAUUAUAGUUUAAUGUUACAGCCUCAAUUUUUUUAAUGGUUUCAAGUAUACAUGUAUGAAAACAAUAUCAUUAUCUACCAUAAUAAGCCAUGAUUUUCUUAAAAAAAUAAAUCCUUAUGGGGGUAC